UUGCUGCUGGCGUGCUUUCCCUGCCCCGCGGCGCGUUUCCCGCGCGCAGCUCUCUGUUCCUCAGCAGCAGCCACGUAUCGCUGCACAGCACGCUCAGCUCGUGCAGCCGCUCUGAGCAGACCUACGUUAAGUGUUAGGGGUUUUAUUUUUGCUUCGCAGCCUCGUGCAGUUCCGAGUUGCUCUGUGGGCACUUUGCGCUGCUGUUUCCCCGCUGUGCGGUGCCGCGCUCAGCCCGUCGUGCGGCUCCUCCGGCUGUUGGCGGGCUGCAGGCGGCACAGUGCGCGUGCGCACCGCCAUGUUCCCGCCUCGUGCACGGCCGCGCGCCAGCGCCGCUUCCUGACCGUGGCGCUGUGAAGAAACAUGGCGCCGUGAUCAUGGCGCUGUGAUCAUGGCGCUGUGCUGCCGCCCAGGGCACCGUCUGUGCAGCCCGUCUCUCCUCAGGCCGCUCACCGCCCACGGGCUGGAUGUUGUCCCUCCGGUCCGGCCCUACGCGGAGUCCGGCGGCGAUGCGGCGAGCGGCCGUGAGGAGCAGCUGGUGGCGCUGUGCCGGAGGCGCCAUUUCCUGCGGGCCGAGCCGUUCCCGUGGGCCCGGGACGCGCCGCUCCGCUUCGGGCCGCUGGGCGUGGAGCUGCGGGGCAACCUGUGCGCGCUGUGGUGGGACGCGGUGCGGGGCCGCAGGGAGCAGGUGCUGCCCGUGGAUUCCCCGCUGCACGGACACCCCGCAGACACCAGCACCGCCCCGCGGCUGCUGCACUCGGAAACGCUGCAUCAAGUUCUGCACAGCGGGGGCUGCAGCACCGAGCGCGGCGGGGCGGAUCUGAGAGAAGCGCUGGGCAGUGCCGGAGUGCUCAGGGACAGUCUGCUGCACGGUGCGUUGGCACAGUAUGUGAGCUGCCUAGAGCUUGUGAACAAGAGACUGCCCUGCGGCCUUGCUGAAGUUGGAGUAUGUUUCCACUCCAUCCCAGGCGGUGAACAACACAACGAUAAGCUCAGAAGAAUAGGAGAAAGGACAACAUCGUUACUUACAUGGUUUAGCUCUCCCAGAACUGCAGGACAGUGGCUGGAUUAUUGGUUACGUCAGAGACUGCAAUGGUGGAGAAAGUUUGCAGUGGGCCCAUCCAACUUCAGCAGCAGCGACUUUCAGGAUGAAGAAGGAAGACGGGGAUUUAAUUUGCAUUAUGACUUUCCUUGGGGGACGGAAACAAUAGAAACAUUGAAAAACCUUGGUGACACUGAACUGUUACAGAUGUACCCAGGGGAUAGAUCGAAGUUACUGGGCCGGGAUGGAAGGAGGAGUGUUCUGCCUCAUGUUCUGUCUGUGAGUGGAAAUCUGGACCUAGGAGCAUUAGCUUAUCUCUUUGAUUCUUUGCAGCUGGCUGAGAAUUCACUGACAACAAAGAAAAGUUCCCAGAGAAAGGUACUCAAACUUCAUCCUUGUUUAACACCUAUCAAAGUGGCUUUGGAUGUAGGGAAAGGUCCAACAACAGAGCUGCGACAGGUUUGUCAAGGAUUGUUCAAUGAACUGUCUGAAAAUAGAAUUGCUGUCUGGCCGGGUUAUCUUGACACCACCCAGGCAUCUCUGGAGCAGCUUUACACAAAGUAUGAUGAGAUGAGUGUUCUCUUCAUGGUCUUGAUAAGCGAUUCUACUCUGGAGAAUGGAGUGGUCCAGCUGAGAAGCAGAGACACUACCAUGAAGGAAAUGAUGCACAUUUCUAGGUUGAAAGACUUUUUAAUUAAGUAUAUAGAAUCGGCUAAAAAUGUAUAAACUUAAAUCUAUCUAAUAAAAGUAACUUUUGUAAA